AUGUCGCUGCGGCGGAUGCGAUGGAUGUCGGACGAGGACGGGCGGUGGGAGCUGGACGCGGAGACCCCGGUGACGAUGGAGGGCACGGUGCGCCCCGUCCCGGGGGACCCCCUGCCGCUGGGGCUCUCACGGGGCUACCGCGUCACCCGCCCCAAGCAGCUCGACUUCUUCCACCGCUUCAUGGCGUCCCCUCUGGUCCCCACCUUCUCCGCCACCCGCGACGACCUCUCCGUCAACCACGCCCACAUCCUCUACAUCACGGACAACUGGUCUUCUACCAUCUUGGAGAAAAUCAAUGUUAACAAGCUUGUGUCUGUCGUGAAAGAGAAAUUAGCAAAUCGACAGGAAGAGGCCUCUUGGACCAAAGAUUUGAAGAAACACUUGCAUGAUGUUAUGUCUCUAGGUGUAGGCACGGAAAUCUUGAUCACACCAGACACCACUUUGCUGCUGGAGUUAUUUGAUAUCAAGAAAGGCAAUCGAGGAAAAGCGAUAUUUCACCACGAGCUUCCUCAUCAUAAUAUUACACUCCAAGCAUCUUGGCCUGGAUUAUUUGUUGAUAAAAAGGGAGCAUAUUGGGAUGUGCCAUUGUCAUUAUCGGCUGACCUUGCUUCAGUUGGCUCCAGUUCUGGGUUGAGUUAUCAUCUAUUAUUGCAGCAGAAUAGUGGUGAACCAAAAUGUUUUGGUGGUGAUAAAACAGAUGAUGUUCCUAUUGCUCUGCUACCUGGCCUAUGUGCUAAAGCGGCUAUUUCCAUCAAGAAAAGCAUUGAUGCUUGGAGGAAAAAAGAAGAUAAGCUAAAAAACGUUCAGCCAUAUGAUAUAUUUCUCUCGGAUUCACAUGUUUCUCUUACUGGUAUCGUUGGUGCAGUAGCCAGUGGAUAUUUGGGAAACUGUUCAAGGAGAGUGGCUAUACGAGAUGAAACACAAAAGAGUAAUGCUUUUAGAAUGUUUGAUGAAAGGAAUAAAUGUGCUGCCUUUGCAGACCUCUUUGCUUCUGUUACUUUCACUGCUCAAUAUGGGAAUUUUCAGAGGCUUUUUCUGGAUUUGACUAGGGCAAGUGCCCAAUUUGAUAUCACCUCUGGCUCCUUGUUCUUAUGUGGUGCUUCUCGCCUUGCACAAGAUUUCUUCUUCUCUAGAAGACCUGAUGUAGAGACAUUCUGCGAUAUUUGUCCUGAUGUGACUGUUUCCCUUCAACAACAGAUAGUUGGCCCCUUCAGUUUUCGUGUUGAAUCCUCUGUUGCCAUUGACCCCAGAAGCCAGGACCAUUUUGUUCGAGUGGAUGAUCCAAUCUUUGCAAUUGAUUGGGCUCUCAAGGUCCUUGGUUCAGCAAAGGCCACAGCGUGGUAUUCACCCAAGCAUCAGGAGGCCAUGGUGGAGCUCCGGUUCUACGAAGCCUGA